CGCGUCCUUGAACUAGAUAUUCAGUAAUGUAUAUAUUAUGCUCACUGGGCGAAAGAUUUUCUGACAACAAUUAAAAUGAUUGAAACAAUCGAGUGGUAAAAUGGUUUGCUAAAUCACACAGGGCAAGAGGUUGGAUAUAGAUAUAUGAUAAUCAGAUAAGAUGACAGAAAAAAACAUUGAAGGUAUGCUGACUGUGAUGCCAGCACCACUUCCCGUUUACCAAGGUGUCGUUUUACCAUCUUUUAUACCUCUUAGAGAAGAUGGACUUGAGAAGAGAAUGAAAGAAAUUACUGAAUUUAAUUUCCUUGACAGCGACAUACUACUAUGCGGUUAUCCGAAAUCAGGAAAUCAUUGGACACAAGAAAUCAUAGAAUUAAUAAUUAACAAAAAGGCUGAACUAACACAGACGGUUUUUCCCGAUCUUGUUCUGGAACUCUGCGACAUUGACAAUUUACAAAACAUGACCAUGGCACGACGAACGCUUCAUACUCAUUUACCCCUUCGUAUCCUGAUGUCAAAUAAGAGGCUAGAUAAGAUAAAAAUUGUCGUAAUAUUACGAAAUCCAAAGGACGUCUGUGUUUCAUUUUACCACCACAGUAAAAAAGAUGUCUUCAUUAAAGACUUCGAUAUUCCUUGGAAUGACUUCUUUGAUAAAUGGACACGGAAUGAGUUACCGUAUGGUUCAUGGUACAGACAUGUAACAGAAUUUGAAAAGGCAAAGAAGAAUGGCUUGGACAUAACAUUUCUUCAUUAUGAAGAUUUAAUUACGCAACCACAAUCAACAAUAAAAAAUUUGGCAGAAUUUUUGGGGAUAGGUUGUACCAGCGAUUUAGUUACAGACAUCAUUAAAACUACAUCAUUUGAAAAUAUGAAACAAAACAAAAAGGAGUUAUCAAAGAUUUUUGACCCAGAAGGCAAAGGAAUAAUAUUCCGGAAAGGUCAAGUUGGUGACUGGAAAAACUGGUUUACAGAUGCACAAAACGAGGUCUUCGAUAAACAAUACAAGGCUGAAAUGAACCACACUAAUCUUGAAUUUAAAUUUGCCUGAAUAUUACAAAACAUAUUAAGAUCUUGACUUUUUA